AUGUCAUCCUCUUCAGCUCAACCGCACGAGACGCUGGUGAAUCCAACAAAACCACUACACAAGGACAAUCUCUCUACAAUUGAUGCCAAAUAUGACACAGAUGAUGCUGAGCUCCUCAAGAGGUCCCAACAUGACCAAGCACAAGAGACAAUUGAAUCAUGGCAGAAAUUGGAAUCGAUUUUGGCACCGCUUUUAUUCACAUUGUUGUCAUUUUUCGUCCGAUUUUAUCGUAUUUCCGUCAAUGAUAGUGUUGUUUGGGACGAAGCCCAUUUCGGUAAGUUUGGGUCUUACUAUUUACGUCACGAGUUUUAUCACGAUGUCCAUCCACCAUUGGGCAAAAUGUUGGUUGGGUUGUCAGGGUACUUGGCUGGGUAUAAUGGGUCAUGGGAUUUCCCCAGUGGUGAGAAAUAUCCCGAGUAUAUCGACUAUACCAAGAUGAGAUUGUUUAAUGCUACGUUUUCUGCAUUGUGUGUUCCUUUUGCGUAUUUCACAAUGAAGGAGAUUGGGUUCUCCGUAUGGACAACUUGGUUAUUCACAUUGAUGGUUACUUUGGAAAGCUCGUAUGUUACUUUGGGUAAGUUCAUUUUGUUGGAUUCGAUGUUAUUGUUUUUCACUGUGAGCACUGUCUUUUGUUUUGCUAGAUUCAACAAUUUCAACACAAGACAAAGGGAGUUUAGUAGGAAAUGGUGGAAAUGGUUGUUGUUGACUGGUGUUUCUAUUGGAUGUGUGUGCUCUGUUAAAAUGGUGGGGUUGUUUGUCACGACAUUGGUUGGAAUUUACACUGUUGUUGAUCUUUGGAAUAAGUUGAAUGACAGGUCAAUCACGUGGGUUAAGUAUGGGUAUCAUUGGGCUGCGAGAAUUGUUGGAUUGAUUAUCGUUCCAAUCACAAUUUUUUUGCUUUGUUUCAAAGUCCACUUUGAUUUGUUGUACAGAUCUGGUCCUGGUGACGCUAAUAUGUCGUCGUUAUUCCAAGCUAAUUUACUUGGAUCCCAAGUUGGUGGCGGGCCAAGAGAAGUUAGCAUGGUUCACUCGGUUGUCACUUUGAAAAGUCAAGGUUUGACUGGCGGAUUGUUGCAUUCGCAUGUGCAAACAUUCCCCGAAGGUUCGAAACAACAACAAGUGACCACUUAUGGACACAAGGAUUCCAACAAUAAUUGGAUCUUCCAACGCCCUAGAGGACAACCAAAUUACGAUCCUAGUGGAAACACCACCGAUAUCGAGUACGUGUUUGAUGGUAUGCCAAUUAGAAUCAUGCAUCCACAAACAGGAAGAAAUUUGCACACUCAUGAAAUCCCAGCCCCAGUUUCCAAGUCUGAAUUGGAAGUUGCUUGUUAUGGUAAUUUAACCAUUGGUGAUGCCAAGGACAAUUGGAUUGUUGAAGUUGUGGAUCAAGCUAGUAAUGAAGACAAGAUGAGAUUGCAUCCAUUGACAACUUCGUUCAGAUUGAAGAAUGAAGUUAUGGGUUGUUACUUGGGAGUUUCCGGAGCAACAUUGCCACAAUGGGGUUUCAGACAAGGUGAAGUUGUCUGUUUCAAGAACCCAUUCAAGAAGGAUAAGAGAACAUGGUGGAAUAUUGAAGAUCACAGAAAUGAGCUUUUGCCUCCAGCACCAGAGGAUUUCAAAUUGCCCAAGACGAGGUUUAUUCGUGAUUUUAUUCAGUUGAACUUGGCAAUGAUGGCUACAAACAAUGCCCUUUUACCUGAUCCUGAUAAACAAGAUGAUUUGGCUUCGUCUUUCUGGCAAUGGCCGACUUUGAACGUUGGUAUCAGAAUGUGUGGAUGGGGAGCUGAUAAACCCAAGUAUUUCAUGAUUGGGUCUCCUGCAACCACAUGGACAUCCAGUAUUGGUGUUGUGGUAUUUGCUAUAAUCACAUUGUACUAUCUUAUUAGAUGGCAAAGACAGUAUGUCGAUUUCCCACCUGAGCAACCGGGUAGAUUGCAGAAGUUUGUCAUGGGUGGUAUUUAUCCAAUGUUCGGUUGGGGUUUACAUUUUAUGCCAUUUGUCAUUAUGGGUAGAGUCACAUAUGUGCAUCAUUACGUGCCCGCUUUAUAUUUCGCCAUGAUGGUGUUUUGUUUUGAAGUGGAAUUGUGGACAUCCAAAUUGGUUAGAGAAAGAUUUUCCAACUCUGGUCGUGGUGGUGGUGGUGGUGGUGGUGUUUCGCCAGUGAAUAAAGUUGCAUACGUUGCAAUUUAUUUGGCAUUGUAUUUUAUUGUUGGUUUUACUUUUUACUACUUGAGGUAUUUCUCAUUUGGAAUGGAAGGGCCAAAGGAGAUUUGGAAACAUGUUCAAUGGAUAAAUUCAUGGAGAGUUGCAGAUGAUAAUUAUACAUAG